AUGCAUAAUAGCUGUAUGAAGCUGGGAUGUGCACAAAGUUAUGAUUAUGUGGUACCUAGAAAAGAAGCAGAAGCAGAAGCAGAAGCAGAAGAAGAAGAAGAAAGCUUGGCACUGGUUGUUGCGAUUUGCAAUAGUGUUUCUGCAAAGAUGAAUUUUGAUCCUCUGCAUCCUCGGAUAAGUGUUGAGCUGGUACAUGCUCGCACAUGCUCAAUAGGAAUCCCAAAUAUAUAUAUCCAACAACUUAACAUCCAGAAUAUACAAUCAGUGCCUCAUUUUCCUCUAAUUCCUAGUUAUUCUGAGCAGUAUUUAUCACAAAAUCUACAAUAG